UUAAAGUAGAGUGUCAGGGUGGUAAGAUGUGGUCCGGGGGUGGGAGAUUGUUGUGAUUUGGAUCUGGCGCCGCCGGCUCUCCCCCCGCGUAGGCCCCGCGAUGGCGAGCGAGGCCGCGGAGCCGCCGAUGGAACCCGGGGAUAAAGAUAGAGACAGAGCCGGGCCCGGGGAUAAAGACAGAGACAGAGCCGGGCCCGGGGAUAAAGAUAGAGACAGAGCCGGGGACAGGGCUGGGGACAGCUCGGGGGACGAGGAGGAGAUGGAGCCCGGGGACGAGGAGAUGGGGGCUGGGGACGGCGCUGGGGACGGGGAUGAAGCUGAGGCCGACUCCGGCUCGGGGGAGGAGAUGGACGACUCUUCGGAUGACGAGCAAGAAAACGAGGCGGAAAUCCAGCGGUUGGAGGAACAGCUUUCCAUUAGUGCCUACGACUACAAUUGCCACAUCGAUUUAAUUAAACUGCUACGUCAGGAGGGAGAACUGGUGAAAUUGCGAUGUGCUCGGCAGAAGAUGAGUGAACUUUUUCCGCUUACAGAAGAACUUUGGCUGGACUGGUUGAAAGAUGAGAUUCGAAUGGCAGAAAAGCCACAUGACAGGGAGAAAGUUUAUGAACUGUUUGAGAAGGCCAUCAAAGACUAUAUUUGUCCUGAGAUAUGGCUGGAAUAUGCACAGUACUCCAUUGGUGGGAUUGGCUUGCAGGGUGGUAUCGAGCGAGCUCGUGGGAUAUUUGAUCGAGCUUUAACUGCUGUUGGAUUGCAUAUGACAAAAGGAGUUGCAAUCUGGGAGGCCUUUCGAGAAUUUGAAAAUGCGAUUUUAGGAACGAUGCAGGCUUUACCUGGCACCAUUGUCACUCCUGAUCAGCAGGAAGCGACGAAUAAGCAACUUGAUCGAGUACAUGUGCUCUUCAAGAGGCAGCUGGCUAUCCCUUUGCUUGACAUGGAGUCCACAUAUGCUGAAUAUGAGGAAUGGGCGGAUGAGGUGCUUAAUGAAUCAGUGAAACAAUUCUACAAGAAGGCCUUGCAGCAAAUGGAAAAGCGCAAACCCUUUGAAGAAGCCCUGUUGGCAGCAGAUCCUCCCAAACUGGCCGAGUAUCAAGCUUAUAUUGACUUUGAGGUGAAGGACGGGGACCCAGCGCGUAUUCAGAUCACCUUCGAGCGAACACUAUCUGAGAACUGUUUAGUGCCAGAUCUUUGGGCACGGUACACCGUGUAUUUGGACAGGAAACUCAAGAUUAAACAUGUGGUUCUGUCUGCACAUGAGCGAGCUGUUCGAAAUUGUCCUUGGAUAGUUGGAUUGUGGAAAAGGUAUCUUCUGGCAUUGGAACGGCAUCAAGUGGAACACAAGAUCGUAACAGAUACUUUUGAAAAGGCAUUGAAUGCCGGCUUCAUCCAGGCUACAGACUAUGUGUGGAGCUCUGGCAGGCCAUUAUUUCUACCCGCAAACUAUCUGAGGGGAGGGGGGGGGGGCAGAGUCGAUUUUCGCCAGGCAGAUUCCAGUAAGGAAUUGGAGGAGCUGAGAUCAGCGUACAGUCUUGGUGUGGAUUACUUGAAACAGGAUAUAGAGCAGCGAUUCAGUGAGAGUGGGGACCCCUCAUGCACCAUUCUACAGAAUUGGGCGAGAAUUGAGGCAAGACUCUGUAGAAACAUGCAGAAAGCUCGGGAACUCUGGGAUAGAAUCAUGACCAAAGGAAAUGCAAAGUAUGCCAACAUGUGGCUGGAAUAUUUCAAUCUGGAACGAGCUCAUGGUGACCCCCAGCACUGCAGGAAGGCUUUGCAUCGAGCAGUACAAUGUACCACCGACUAUCCUGAGCAUGUCAGUGAGGUGCUGCUCACCUUUGAGAGGGUCGAGGGGUGUUUGGAUGACUGGGAUCUAGCUGUGGAGAAGACGGAGACCAGAAUGAACCACAUUAAUGAGUGGAGAGCCAAAGCUGCAGUGAAAGAAGCCUUGCAGACAAAGCAGGAAGAAGAGAAAACCAGUCAACGGAAGAAAGGCAGAUCUGAAAAGAAGGCUGCCAAGAAAGCUCAGAAACAGCCAACGAUUGGAGACAAACGCAAGGCAGAUGAGGAGGAGUGGGGUGCCCUUCCAGACAAACCAAAUAAGAAGCGUCGAGCUGGGGAACUGGAAGAGACGGAGGAAGCCAUGGCAACGGAAUGUGGUCUGUUUGGUCGGAAGGCCAUUGCUAAGACUGUAGAGACUCCAGCGCAGCAAAAGCACAAGGCUGUCGUUGCCACGAGGAACAAAGUUCUCCAUGAUAACAGCAAGGAUGACCUCACUGUGUUUGUCAGUAACCUGGCCUACUCCAUGCAUGAUCCUGAGGACAGGAUAAAGGAGAUAUUUGCAAGCUUUGGCCAGAUUGCCGACAUCCGUCUUGUUUAUAGCAACAGGGGACAUUUCCGAGGAUACUGUUACGUGGAGUUCAAAGAGAAGGAGGCGGCCAUAAAUGCCUUAAAGCUAGACCGCCAGGAGCUGGAGGGCCGGCCAAUGUUUAUCUCACCUUGUGUUGACAAAGCAAAGAAUCCAGAAUUUAAGGUAUUUCGAUACAGCAGCAGCCUGGAGAAACACAAGAUCUUUAUUUCAGGGUUGCCGUUCUCCUGCACUAGAGAGGACCUGGAGGAGCUCUGCAAAGACCAUGGGAACCUGAAGGAGAUUCGACUUGUCACUAAUCGCUCUGGAAAGCCAAAGGGUCUGGCAUACGUUGAAUUUGAGAAUGAAACACAAGCCUCCCUGGCUGUUCUUAAGUUAGAUGGAAACGUACUUAAAGAUCACACCAUCAGUGUGGCCAUCAGUAACCCUCCACAGAGAAAGCAUACGGCUAACUUUGAAACUGGUAGAACCUCUGGCUCAUUCCUUCCACGGCAGGUGUAUGGAGCGAGGGGCAAAGGCCGAACACAGCUUGCACUCGUGCCUCGCGCUUUACAACGCUUGCCUGCACCAGGAACCAGUACGGAGAAUGGUACGUUGAGAGAACAGGAUGAUAACGCAAAGGGUGAUUCCACACGAGCAGCUGACAUGAAAAAGAUGACAAAUGCAGACUUUGCAAAGAUGUUGUUAAGGAAAUAACUGGUGAUAGCAUUUGAUGUUUAAAUACUGAGUCCAGAAAAAAAUGUGAAGUCUUUAUGGAAAUCAUUUUACAUCCUUGUGUAGGGACAGUAAUUCUGAUCAGCAGUGAAACUGUAAAUAGUCUAAUUUUUCUAAGAAAGUUUGAUAAGUGUUAAAUACAUUUGGCCUUUGAUUUUUAAAGCGGGUGGCUUGUAUGUUUAUUUACAAUAUUGUGCAUUUUGUAACUGCUACUUGGUGAGUUAACUUGCAUUAUUUUUGUCUAUAAGCGUUUGGGUAUGUAGCAGGAUCAUCCGGACCAGUUUAUGUUAAUUUUGACCUCAUCUUUUUAUAGCAUUUGCUGUGUUUUUUUUGUUCCCGAUUAAAUGUUUUAUACAAUUGCAUUGUAA